UUUAGGCUAUAUAUUUCAGUCCGCUAAGUCUUGCACCCGAUGAUGCAAGUUCACUGCUUUUGCUGCGUGCUUCUAUUAUACUUCAGUUUAUUAGAGGUAUCUUCUCAAGAUGACUCUAAAGUACCGCCAACUGAAGCAACUGCAUCCACCAUAGCGGCCGAAGAAGCUCCUAAGGACAGUAAACCAGAAGCCGCUGGUUCAUCCAAGUGCAAGCCAGAUGAAAUUCUUUCCGAAAAUGGCUGCGUAAACCGCGAUAACUUUCUGAAGAAGAUCAUGAUGAGAACCUGGAAGGACGAAGGCUUCGGCAAUGCAAUGGCGAGAGCUGGCCUGGUCGACGUGAUGCAGUGCAAGGAGGACGAGGUGAGGACUCCAUUUGGCUGCUCAAAGCCACCGUUUCCACCACACAGGGAUUCAAAUCGAGUGCCAGUGCAACACAGCAGACUAGAUGGCGGACGGAUUAUCCAUGACAAGGGCAUUUUUAAGCUCUAUCACCAUGUGGAAGAUGGUGAACAGAAACCCAUUCGAAAGCCUAGAGUGGUGGGACCUCCGAUAACUGGGGAGAAGCGCCCCCGAAAGUACGUAUUCUUGCCGGGAAGGAGCAUUGGAAAGGGACACAAGUGUCGGGCUAAUGAGGUCCGGGGAAGAAGGAGUCGCUGCAUUCAAAGAAAACGGCCAGUUGGCAAACGACACCAUGGGGUCAACGAAAACGAAAACGAAAAAGGGGAAUAAACUAACAUAUACUUUGGAUUAUUACACCGUUUCAAUAAAGGAAACUCUUGCGUGUUUGUAUGCA